GCGCUUCGCUCCUCUUCUCCGGUCGAAGCGGUGGGGUCCUUGGACACCUCGCUCGCUGCGAGUUCCUAGCCGUCCUCCCUCCCUCCCUCCCUCCUCUGCCUUCUCGAAGGGAGCCGAAAGACAAAUCGAAGCCGCGAAGCCUUCCGGGCGCGCCCGCUACCUAUUCGGCGGAUUGCCGUGGAGAAGGAUCGAUGGCGUCGCUGCGGCCGGUCGACCCCUCGCUCUUCGUUGGCGCCAGAACCCACCGCGGCCUUGUUCUGCUGCCGCCGCCUAGGGUGGUUGCUGGUGCGAUGUUCCGCCGUGAGGCGAUAGCGCUCCCUGGGCGGCGUGGGUUCUCGUGCCGUGGUGGAUCCGCCGCCUCGGCGGCCGAGAGAAUAAAGGAGAAACAGAGAGGAGAUUCUUCAAAGAAGCCAUUGGUGCAUCUACAGGUUUAUCUAGAGCACCAGGUUAAGUUUGGUGAGCAUAUAGGCGUUAUUGGUUCCACAAAGGAGCUUGGUUCAUGGAAGGAGCAAGUUGAACUGGAAUGGACUCCAGAUGGUUGGGUCUGCCAGCUUAAGCUCCCUGGAGAAACACUAGUGGAGUUUAAAUUUGUUAUAUUUUUGAAGGGAAUAAAAGAUAAAACAUGGGAAGAUGGUAAUAACCGCGUUGUUGAGCUGCCAAAGGAUGGUAAAUAUGAUAUAGUAUGUCAUUGGAAUAGAACAAAAGAGCCAUUAGAACUUUUAGGAACACCAAAGCUUGAGUUGGUUGGAGAAGCUGGAAAGAACAGUCGUGAAGAUGCUACAGCAUCCGUAAAUAUUGUGCCUGAAGAUGCUGAAAACAUUUCAGUGGAUGGGGAUGUUGAUCUACAAGAGGCAGACUCAAGCACGUUUAGUGGGCAGUGGCAAGGAAGUGAAACUGUUUUCAUGAGAUCAAGCGAGCAUCGGAAUAAAGAGACUGAUAGGAUGUGGGAUACAACUGGGCUUAAGGAAAUAGCACUGAAACUGGUGGAGGGCGAUAAAGCCUCCAGGAACUGGUGGCGCAAGUUAGAGGUUGUCCGUGGGAUAUUGUCAGAAUCUUAUGAUGACCAGAGUCGUCUGGAGGCCCUUAUAUACGCUGCUAUUUAUCUGAAGUGGAUUUAUACAGGUCAGGUAGCGUGCUUUGAAGAUGGUGGCCACCAUCGGCCCAACAAACAUGCUGAGAUAUCACGGCAGAUAUUUCGUCAACUUGAAAUGAUGUAUUAUGGGAAAACCACAUCAGCACAGGAUAUUCUUGUGAUUCGCAAAAUGCAUACUUGUUUACCUUCAUUUAAGUCAGAGUUUACUGCCUCUGUCCCUCUAACACGAAUUCGUGAUAUUGCGCACCGGAAUGAUAUCCCACAUGAUCUCAAGCAAGAAAUCAAGCAUACUAUACAAAACAAACUUCAUCGUAAUGCUGGCCCUGAGGAUCUUAUUGCUACAGAAGCCAUGCUUGCUAGGAUUACUAAAACUCCUGGAGAAUAUAGUGAAGCUUUUGUUGAACAAUUCAAGAUAUUCUAUAGCGAACUAAAGGAUUUUUUCAAUGCCGGCAGCCUAUUUGAGCAACUGGAAUCCAUCAAGGAAUCAUUAAACAAGUCAGGCUUAGAAGUUCUCUCAUCGUUUGUGGAAACCAAGAGGAGCUUGGACCAAGUGGAUAACACAGAUUUGGAUAAAAAUUAUAUAAUUCAAGUUUUGAUGACUACCUUGCAAUCAUUAUCGUCUCUAAGAUCGAUUUUAAUGAAGGGCCUUGAAAGUGGCCUUAGAAAUGAUGCGCCUGAUAAUGCUAUAGCAAUGCGACAAAAGUGGCGCCUUUGUGAAAUUGGUCUUGAGGAUUAUUCAUUUGUUCUGUUAAGCAGAUAUAUCAAUACUCUUGAAGCCAUGGGUGGAUCAGCUUCACUUGCAAAGGAUGUAUCUAGAAAUACUACUGUAUGGGAUACUACUCUUGAGGCCCUUGUCAUUGGCAUCGAUCAAAUUCGCUUUUCAGGUUGGAAAAUUGAUGAAUGUAUUGCCAUAGGGAAUGAGCUUCUUUCUUGGAAGCAAAAAGUUCUAUCUGAAAGUGAAGGCUGUGAAGAUGAGAAAUAUAUUUGGGCACUAAGACUUAAAGCUACAUUGGAUAGGGCACGUAGAUUAACAGAAGAGUACUCUGAAGCACUUCUUUCUAUAUUCCCUGAAAAAGUAAUGGUUAUUGGGAAAGCCCUUGGAAUACCAGAUAACAGUGUGAGAACAUACACAGAGGCAGAAAUUCGUGCUGGUGUUGUUUUUCAGGUAUCCAAACUUUGCACAAUACUUCUGAAAGCAAUUCGAGAAGUGCUUGGAUCAUGUGGCUGGGAUGUUCUUGUUCCUGGAGUGGCCCAUGGAGCUCUGAUACAGGUUGAAAGAAUUGUUCCUGGAAUAUUACCUUCAUCCAUAAAUGAACCUGUGGUUCUUAUUGUAAAUAAGGCUGAUGGAUAUGAAGAGGUCAAAGCUGCUGGGGAUAAUAUAGUUGGUGUUAUUCUUCUUCAGGAGCUACCUCACCUUUCACAUCUUGGUGUUAGAGCUCGCCAAGAGAAUGUUGUAUUUGUAACUUGUGAAGAUGAUGAUACAGUUGCAUAUGUUUAUUCACUCGUGGGAAAACAUGUCAGAUUGGAAGCAUCAUCAAUCAAUGUCAAUCUCUCAAUAGUUUCAGAAGAAAAUGUCAAUCCUGUCUCUUCAGAGUCAAAUAGUACAGGGAAUCCAUUUGCACAGGAACUCCAAAGUGAAUUCUCUCUACCAUUGGCUACAGAGAUGCCAAUGCAAAUGUUUAAGCAAGAAAGCAACACUUCAGGGGUGAAUGGUAGUUAUGGUGUGCUCGAGCUUUCAGAGGCUUUAGUGGAAUCAGCUGGUGCAAAAGCUGCUGCAUGCAGAACUCUUUCUGUCCUUGCCUCAUUGUCAAAUAAAGUCUAUAAUGAUCAAGGAGUUCCAGCAGCCUUUAGAGUCCCUUGUGGUGCUGUGAUUCCAUUUGGAUCAAUGGAGGAUUCACUCAAGAAAAGUGGAUUACUGGAAUCCUAUGGAAGCCUUCUAGAGAAGAUUGAAACAGCUAAAGUCGAAAAUGGUGAAGUUGAUAGCUUGUCGUUGGAGCUACAAGGAAUAAUUUCACAUCUUUCCCCCUCAGAGGAGACCAUUAAAUUUCUAAAAGGACUUUUCCCUCACGAUGUCCGGCUGAUUGUCAGAUCUAGUGCUAAUGUGGAGGAUUUGGCUGGUAUGUCAGCUGCUGGUCUCUACGAUUCAAUUCCCAAUGUCAGUCUCAUGAACGCAAGUUCCUUUGGAGCUGCGGUUGGAAAGGUUUGGGCUUCUUUAUACACAAGGAGAGCCAUACUAAGCCGUCGAGCAGCUGGCGUUUCUCAGAGAGACGCAAAAAUGGCUGUUCUUGUCCAAGAAAUGCUGCAGCCAGAGCUCUCCUUCGUGCUUCAUACCGUUAACCCCAUUGACCAUGACCCCAAGUUAGUCGAGGCCGAGAUUGCCCCUGGGCUGGGCGAAACACUUGCUUCAGGAACCCGUGGCACCCCAUGGAGGCUCUCGUGUAACAAAUUUGAUGGGAAAGUCACCACUCUUGCGUUCUCAAAUUUCAGCGAGGAGAUAUCAGUGGGCGACUCUGAUCCUGCCAAUGGAGAAGUAAUUCGUCUUACCGUUGAUUACAGCAAGAAGCCAUUGUCCGUUGAUGCAACCUUUAGGAAGCAAUUUGGUCAACGCCUGGCUGCGAUUGGCCAAUAUCUGGAACAGAAGUUCGGGAAUGCACAGGAUGUGGAAGGUUGCCUGGUUGGGAAAGAUAUUUUUAUAGUGCAAAGCAGGCCACAGCCAUAGCAUAGCAUAGUGUGAGCCAAUAUCAGUAUGGUAACUAUGGUUAGAUAAAUAAAAUUUGCCGCAUGGAUGACUAAUUAGAUAAAUAAAAGUCGCAGCAUGGAUGGGAAAAACUUAUGGAUGUUGUAAUGCGAAUAGCAUUCACCAAGCCGCGCACUCGAGCUUGUUAUUUGUAUUUCUAUGUGAAAUAACAGAUAUAACCAGUUUUGCAACUUACGAUGAACUUCUUGGUAGUACAACAUUCAACCAUCUCAAGUGGGCUGUCAUUGUUUCCA